AUGACUACUCUCUCUCCAGAAAACAGCAGCUCUGCCAUGAGGUCAGCCUCUUUCAUCCUGGGGAAGAGGAAACCACCAAUUGACAAGUCAGAAUGGGAUAGCUACUUUGAUGAGAAUGGUCACUUGGCCAAAUCCCGAGAUUUUAUUUGCAUCAAUAUCCUGGAGAGGGGCCUGCAUCCCUUUGUACGAACAGAGGCAUGGAAGUUCCUCACAGGCUACUAUUCAUGGAGGAGUUCCAGCGAUGAACGAUUGAUGGUGGACAGCACCAGGAAGAAAAACUAUGAGGCUUUAUGUGAAAUGUAUGAGAAAAUCCAACCACUCCUGGAAAACUUACAUCGGAAUUUCAUGGAGACACAGAACAACAUCUCCUAUGACAUCCAGAGACUCUAUGAUAGGGAUCCCCUGGGCAAUGUCAUCAUAGAUAAGAAACGUCUGGAGAAGAUUCUGCUCCUGAGUUAUGUGUGCAAUCCAGAGGCUGAAUACCAGCAGGGUUUCCAUGAGAUGGUGAUGCUCUUCCAGCUGAUGGUGGAGAAUGACCAUGAGACCUUCUGGCUUUUCCAGUUCUUUCUGCAGAAGACGAGAAUUUAUGAUGACAUUUGUAACCUUGGCUUUAACCACAGGGACCUUGCUCAUAUGGACACUCGAAGCUGA